AUGCUAACCUUAGAGAACCAAGUCCGCUACUUCGUGCGCCGGAGUUUGAAGCGUCGGCCAGUGGUGCCGAACAUUGUAGCUUUAUUAUGUCAAGCAAUCAAGAUUGCCCUGCAGCAGAGCCAGAAGAAGAGCAGAAGGAAAACCUCUGAAGCAAUGUUUGCAGAUGUGUCGCCGGACUCCAAAUGUCCCAUCUGUUUGGACACAUUUCACAACAUUUCUUACCUGGACGUCUGCCUGCACAAGUUCUGUUUCCGCUGUAUUCACGAGUGGUCCAAGAACAAAGCCGAGUGCCCUUUAUGCAAACAGUCUUUUAAUUCAAUCUAUCACACUAUAAAAUCAGAGCAAGACUUUAAGAAGUAUGACCUGCAGCCGGUGGAUAAUGCCUCUUUUGGGACGUUUGGUGGAGUGCGGUUUAGAUACCGCACAACUCUUACCGGAGUCCAUCGACAGAUGCGGGGAAGGACCUCUCCACCUCUAGACAAUGGAGUAAUGUUUGAGGCCUCAGCAAACGCUCCCCAACAAUCACAGGACCGCUACAUCAGACGGAUGAUGAUGAGGCUGGCCGCUAGGAGAAGAGCUGCGAGUGAAGGCAGGGCAGUGAACAGUCUCAGAGAGCAGGAAAUGGUGAAUUUCAGGAGGGAACUGUAUCGACAGGGGGUGAAGAUUCGGAGUGUCCGUGAUGGUGGCCGCUCCAGAGAAACCUCGGCAGAGUUCUUCCGAAGAAAUCCUGCCUGCCUGCAUAGACUGAUCCCCUGGCUAAAAAGAGAACUGAUUGUGCUUUACGGAGCCCACGGCUCUUUGGUCAACAUAGUUCAACACAUCAUCAUGUCGCGCAUUACACGUUAUGAUAUGGAGGAUGGAGCUAUUCAAGAAGAGCUUAGGCCGUUCCUCCAGGGGCGCACAGAGCACUUUCUGCAUGAGUUCAUCAGCUUUGCAAAGUCUCCCUUCAAUAUGGAAGCCUAUGACCAGCAUGCUGCCUAUGACUGCCCACCCACUUUUUUAAAUGAAGACAGCAGCUCCAGUUCCUCUGUAAUAGCUAUCUCAGAGGACGAGGAACACUCAGUGGAUUUGAACCCCCCAGGAGACUCCACGUCUUCGCUAAGCCACUCUAUGUGGGACGAUGAGACGCCUGGGCCAUCGUAUUCUACAACGGCAGAGCAGGGCAGGGCAGAGUGUCUGUCGGCCGACUCAGACUCAGACAGCAGUUUAGAGGAGGAGAUGUUUGGGGUCUGGGCCUCUCCACAGCAAAUGAGUCCUCAUAACCAAACAGACGAGACUCAGGCUGAAGUUAACAAUGAAGAGUGUCUGUCCUAUGACAGCGAUGACUGUGUCAUUAUACAUUUUUUCAAGCCAACAUUAGAGAGGACUCCGGAGCUGGUUCAGCUGUCCUCUGACUCUGACGAGUAUGCCAGUGAAGAUAUUAAAGCAGUAGUGCCUCUUCUACCUCAACACAUCCGCUUCUCUAGCCUCAGUCCUAUGGCUUCACAGAGUAGUGAUCCAAGUGGUGCUGGACAGUCAGAAAAUGUAGAAACUGACCACUAUCAUCAGUUGGAGUCAAAAGAAAGAUGUAGCUCUUCAACAUCUAGCAGACACAAGACAUCCAGUAAGUUGGACAAAAAAGACAGAUCAAGGGAGAGGCACUUGUCAAAGGACAGGGACCAUCGGCGAAAGAGGAGGUCAAGAAGUGCAGAGCUCAGGCAAUCCAGCAGGAGCCCGGAGAUUUCCCACAUCAGUGUCGGCACUCUAUCCAGAGAAGGAGGUUAUUCAUACUCAAGUGGAAGAGACUACUCAAAAUGUGACGGCAAUUACAGGAGGAGGGGCCAUGAUCACAGCUAUCAGUCAUAUCGGCAUUACAGCCAAGAGAGAAAUGAUAGUGGGAUGCAUUAUACAGAGAGGCGGUCCUACUAUUACAGCGGCCGCAAGUACCCAGAUCGUCACUCUAGCUCCAGGAGCCGCAAGCAGGGACAGGCGUAGAGGGACAGGCAUUCUCGUUCUAGGACUUAUUCCAGCAGUCGCUCCCCUUCGAUGAAAAAGAGAUCUCACAACAACAAGCCUGGUGGAAAGAGGAAGUACAAAACCAGACAUUUGGAGGAAACCUCCAAAAACCCACUUUCAAACUCAAACGCUGAAGGUGACGCCCCCAUUUUAUCAACAAAAACACAAGAAAAAGAGCAAAGAGAAGCAUCGUAAAAAUCCAAAGACAGGUCGAGGAAGACGAGCAGGAGCCUUAGUGUGGAGCUCGUCAAUGAGGAAAACUCUCACGAGCGAAGCAAGCGUCACCAUAAGAAGAAGAAGAAACACAAGAAGAAAAGCACGCACAAGAGUAACGAACACACGGGGAAGCACUCGCCCACUGUCAUUACCAUUGACAGUGACAGCGAUUCUUUUGCAAGCGACACAGUGAACCAGGCCAGCAGCAUUAACAAGGACCACCCCAUCAACAGUACCACAGAUGGCCCACUUGACACCGCCCCGCUGGACUCUCUGGAGUAGUUUUAUGGAAGUUCAGAUUCCUGAUAGUGAGAUGGGAACUGAUGGAUUCAGGAUUCAGCCAUUAGCGGCUAAUGGCUUCAUUAUGUUGAAGACCACCAGACCUUGAACGAUCUGUUGAAUAAACAUAUCUUUAAAUACCAUGUCAAGUGAUUUCUAUGGGCACAGUUGGUACGCAUGGUGGCAAAUAUGACUGCGCCAACACCUAAAACAAUUAUAUUUUAUGUGCAAAGUGCCACUAUGAACAAGGCAUACAUAUUUUUAGGUGUCAAUUCUUAUUCAGGAAAAUAAUUUUCUUUAAUGGAUUUUGUAUUUUGUACAGUACUCUCAGGGAUGGUAUUGAUUACAGUAAUUCUUUUUUUUUGUCAUAAGUCAGCUAUCUUUUUGAGACAAAACUAUUUAUACCUGCUACACACACAGUAGUACUUAUCCACAGAUGGUGUUUGGAUUUCUGAAUGGACUCUUUUGUAGUGAAUUUUUAUUUAAAAUAAAUUGUCAUGAGCAACUG